UUCGCUGGUCUGACACUGAGUCRAAUUCGAUACUUCGUUGACCAUCCAAGAAUUUCGAUCGGGCUAUCGGUUGAUUCGAUAUAUUUYGCUUCGAUUGAUUCUUCGUUCACUUUCGRUCUUCACACACAAUCAUUACGAUGGCCGACCGCAACGAACGGCACUUCUUGGAAUUCUACACUCCGGCUCGCCUUCGUCAGACACGAAUAGUUCGAACAGAAGGCCAACCGCRGGAUUCUUGUUCGGACGAAAAGGAAAACCCUUCUAGUCACCCAAGAGGAAACGAAGGAGGAAUACUGGKACAAUCCCAGCGAAGGCGACUGUUCACGAGAUCGGCUAGCAAGCCAAAAUUUGCGCAUGACGGAUACGGCAACAGCGGGACUGAUCGCGAUAACUGUGAAAACGCGUCUCGUGAUCUCGCAAGCUUCCACUUUGCAACAGCUUCGUUGAAAACGACACCGCCGUGCACGGCACGCGUAUUCCAAUCAUCCCAGGAAGUUCAUACGUGGUCUUCAGCUGAUGAUGGCAUCGUAAUCAAGACUAGUCCGUCGUAUACUUCCCCAUCAUCGGAUACGAGCAACACCGUUCUGAAGGAAUAUCGCUCCAAGCAGUCCCUGUUGUCAUCUUCAAAGACACGUGUCCUAUCGUUUGCGUCGCCUAUUCCCGGAGGCCUUCGACUGCGCUCAYCACCUUUUUGGAAAAUCGGGAAGGCUCACAACAGAAAGGAAAGCGGCGAGCAAAGCAAACCACAACACGACUUGAAUUCGACGCUCCCGACGAUGUAUACAGAGGAUACAAAUGCCCUUUCUCUGCAGACAACUCCCUCCGAAAACGUAUCCCCUGCGGCUCCUUCAACGACACCGAAGCGSCACAUUUUAUGGUCGCCCCCCGGUACGAGUCGCCUCUUGCGGAAGUAUCGCCAGCGCACACACGAGCGGGAAUUAGACCAAUCUGAAUCUUCUGUUCACUCUCCUGCAGCCGGCGCAAGCCUAAAAUCACCUAAAACUACAGGGAAAAUCGGUCUACGUUUACUGGACUCGGGAGCGAAGCGAUGCCGCAACCAUCGACUUGCCCUGCGACCGAGAACAAAUAGAAAUGAUGAAGCUAAGGUGGGAACAAAAGAGUAUCCUAGCAAUGACAAYCGCAGCUUGCUGUCUCCUUCCACCGUGAGCAGACUGCAACAAGACAUAGAAUCCUACCGCCACGCGCACGAAAAAUCAAAACAGACUACCUCCGUCAUGGCCAGACCKGACGUGGAAGAAACAGUUGCAUUUGACGAUAAUAGGGGUAGCAAUGAUUCUCAUGAUCUCGACGGUUGUGAUGACCAAAAAGGAAGCAAUGCACAAGCUACUUCUGACGUACUUCCUUCAUCUUCAAACAACGUCGUAGCCGAUCCUUUCAAACUCGCCAYUGAUGCAGGGACUAYUGACGAAUUGCCAUUAGAGRAGAAUCAACGAGCGGAUCCCCAGGAAGACUCUGCUGUUUGGGAAGCCCAUGCCGCCGAAGAUACGGCUAAGAAGGAAUCUUGUGCCGAUACUAUUGUCCCRYCCGUAGAGUCCAKUAGUAUUASUGACGAGGAGAGUGGGGUAUUUCAGUCCACCCGCAGCAAGACCCGUGCCCGUCGCAAAUCCUUGGCGGACGCAAUCAAAGCCGUCUCGGCUGCCGAAAAGGCAAUCACAAGURGGACACAAARCAACCCGAUGCUGCUCGCUUCAGAGUUGCCUUUGCCAUCCCUCCCCGCCGMGGCAUCUUGCCAAAACGAUCACGAAACAACAGCAAGCGACACGCCGUCGUCRAAAGGCUCACUCCAAUCCAUCUGGGACGCACUGAAUUGUGGGGGCAGAGCAGAAAGCGGCGACUACCCGAUCUCUUCCCCGGAGAGCCGGGAUGCCAAUCCCYAUACUGCGUCUCGGUGUAGCGAUUGUGUAAAUCCUAUGGCAUCCACGCUCAUGAAGAUGUGGAGAGAGGAAGAAAGAAAAGAGGCCGACGCAUUCACGGAGGACGAUGCCACGAAUGAAAUGUACAGCAAAGCCUCCCGCAAGGAAGUCGAGUCGCCGUCGAAUUCAUGGACCAGUCCCCCUCGAAAAGCUUUCUCGUCCGAUCUGGCUCUUGUGUACGGACUGGAGCGGGUCGAAAACCUUACCCUGGCGCGUCCCAUGGCGCGUCCGGCGACGCCGUCCCGUCCUCCUCGGCCCUUUGCGCAGCACCAAUCGAACGAGUGACGACUGGGUCUUGGAUCGUGGUCUUUUUAUGGUUUUGGGAAAAUGCCCGCGAGUUGCCCCGGCGUCAGGAACCCUGCAGGAACCCUGCGAGUGGCAAUUAGUACGGGUCUGUAACUAUAGAUGUCAACAU